CCCGCUACUGCGCGGCGUCCUUGGGAUGACGCGCAGGCGCAGAGCGGUGCGCAGGCGCGUUGAGGUGAGGCGCGAUGGCAGGUGUCGGAGCCAGGCUGUUGCCUGUGAUGGGGUGGCCGGCGCUGCUGCUCCUCGCGCUGUGCACCGCGGGCACCCAGGGGCUCUACUUUCACAUCGGCGAGACCGAGAAGCGCUGCUUCAUCGAGGAAAUCCCCGACGAGACCAUGGUCAUCGGCAACUAUCGCACCCAGAUGUGGGAUAAGCAGAAGGAGGUCUUUCUGCCCUCAACCCCUGGCUUGGGCAUGCAUGUGGAAGUGAAGGACCCUGACAGCAAGGUGGUGCUGUCGCGGCAGUACGGCUCUGAGGGCCGCUUCACGUUUACCUCCCACACUCCUGGUGACCAUCAGAUCUGCCUGCACUCCAACUCUACCAAGAUGGCUCUCUUUGCUGGUGGCAAACUGCGUGUGCACCUGGACAUUCAGGUUGGGGAGCACGCUAACAACUACCCUGAGAUUGCUGCUAAGGAUAAGCUGACUGAGCUGCAGCUCCGUGCCCGCCAAUUGCUUGAUCAAGUGGAACAGAUUCAGAAGGAGCAAGAUUACCAAAGGUAUCGUGAAGAACGCUUCCGACUGACCAGCGAGAGCACCAACCAGAGGGUCCUGUGGUGGUCCAUUGCUCAGACCGUCAUCCUCAUCCUCACUGGCAUCUGGCAGAUGCGUCACCUCAAGAGCUUCUUUGAGGCCAAGAAGCUGGUGUAGUGCCCUCUCCAUAUGACUCUUCCUUUUCACCUCAUUUAUUUGGUACUUUCCCCACCCAAUCCCUUAUCCACCUGGAUUUUGAGGGAAAAAAUGAAAAAGAAUAUAAGUCACAUUGGUUCCAUGACAACAAACCAUUUGGAUCAGCCACUUGUUAACUCUGGUUCUCAAGGAAACAGGACAUUGGUCCAAGCUUUCAAAAUCUUUCUUUAGGACUCGUGAGGGGUUGGAACUAACCCAGGACUAAGUCUGGCUUCUUUUAUCUCCAGUGAUUCCCCUCUGUCCUAUAUCACAAAAUGAGCAAAUGAAAAAUCUGUCCUUACCUUCUGCUCUCUCUACAUCUGCUUACGCAGUAGGUAACUAGCGUGCCCCGUGGAGGAGGCCCUGCCUUACUGCCCACUGGUCAGUCUUGGGUUCACUCAUUGGCUCUGUGAAUGUAAAUAAGGGGCAGGUCUUCGCCCCAGAGGAUUGAGAUGUUUUUCUAUAUAUUAGAACUAUUUUUUGAUAAAUUAUAUAUUUUCCUUCCUAGUUGAAGUAUUACUGCCUUUAACUAGCUGAAAACACCAAUGCAGUCGUGCAUUGUUUAUUCACACAUUUUUGGUAACUACCAUGGCAGCUCUCAGGAUUUCAGCCCUCUGGGCCAGAAAGCAGAUUUAACAGCUGUUCUCAAGGCUGUAUCAGAGGGCCAAGCAGAGUUCCCUUGGACACCUGUGAUUUCCAUCCCUUAGGGCCUCAGAGUCAGAGGUAGGGUAGUAACAGAGCUAGCACAGGGCAGUGUACUCUUCUCUUUUCCCUUAACUUUUAUUUAAGCUGUGAUAAAUGUUUUCUUCAAGAGAACCAGAUUUGGUUCUUUAUACAGAAUUUUUCAGUGAAAUAAAAACAUGUUGUAGUA